UGGAAAGAACAAAGACUUGUUUUUUGCUCUUCGUUGUUUUCCCUUCGUUGUUUUCCCCUAUUUGUUGAAGCAGAUUUUGAACCACACCAAGGACUGUUUACCAGACAACGGAUCAUUUACUGUAGCAGAACUUUACAUACAAAAUAAUGGAAACUAAUGAUGUUAUAACAUUUCAUCAGUGUACAAUAUGUGAUGAGAUUUUUUCACAUUAUGAUCAUUUAGAACAGCAUUCCAAAGUACAUGUUAAAGAAGAGAAAACUGAUAAUGUAGAUGAAUAUUGUCAUGUUGAAGAAGAGAAAACUGAUGAUGCCGAUGGAUAUAGUCAUGUUAAAGAAGAGAAAACUGAUGAUAUUGAAACUGUUUAUCAGUGUAAUUUGUGUGAAAAAGAAUUUAAAUUAGAAUCUGAUUUAGAAAAACACUGUGAAAUACAUGUUAGUCAGCAAGGGCAAACAGGAGAUAAACCUUAUAAAUGUGAUGUUUGUAGUAAAUCAUUUACCACAAGUAGUAGUCUACAGUCACACAUAAGAAUUCAUACUGGUGGAAAACCUUAUAAAUGUGGUGUUUGCAGUAAAACAUUUCUACACAAAUACGAACUUCUGUCACACCUGAGAAUUCAUACAGGUGAAAAACCUUAUAAAUGUGAUGUUUGUAGUAAAUCAUUUACUCAGAGUAGUCAUCGACAGAAGCACAAAAGAAGUCAUACAGGAAUAAAGCCUUUUAAAUGUGAUGUUUGUAGUAAAUCAUUUACUGAUAGUAGUCAUCUGCAGAGACAUAUCAGAAUUCAUACUGGUGAUAAACCUUAUAAAUGUGAUUUUUGUACUAAAGCAUUCGCUGCUAGUGAUAAUCUACAGAAGCACAUUCGAAUUCAUACUGGUGUAAAACCUUAUAAAUGUGAUGUUUGUAGUAAAUCAUUUACACAGGGUAGUAGUCUACAGUCACACCUGAGAAUUCAUGCAGGCGAAAGACCUUAUAAUUGUGAUGUUUGUAAAAAAUCAUUCACCACCAAUGGUAAUCUUCAGUCACACAUGAGAAUUCAUACUGGUGAAAAACCUUUUAGUUGUGAUGUUUGUAGUAAAUUUUUUACUAAUAGAAGUCAUCUAAAGAACCACAUCAGAACUCAUACAGCAGAAAAAUCUUAUAAAUGCGAUAUUUGUAGUAAAUUAUUCACACAUUGUAGAAGCCUACAGAGGCACAUGAGAAUUCAUACAGGUGAAAAAUCCAUAUAAUUGUGAUGUUUGUAGUAAAGCAUUCUCACUAAUGAUGGUCCGAUAUGGCUACUAUUGGUUUUACUGAUAUUAGAUAUUGACAGUGAAAUAUAUCGGCUGAUACAGAUACAAUUACCGAUAGUGGUGGAUAUAAAUCUAUUGCACAUUAAAAUGUCUCGAAUGUCAUUAUAGUCAAUCUAUUUACAUAUCCUUGUUAGUCGCAUUGCCCGAGAAAGUUUAUCAGGAUUUUCCGGCAUGGUUUCCCCUUGUCAGUGGUGCAGGAUGAAGGGUCUGACAAGGACAGUUGUCUAGUCAUUUGGAUGGGAUGAAACACCAAGGUCCUGUGUAUACAAUGGCGUGCACGUAAAAGAUCCCUUGGCUGCUGGAAUUCGAUAUAAGAGUAAGCCAUAGUGUCGCUGCCUGGGCAAACUUUCCCUCAUAGCACACUGUGUGGCAUAUGCCUUUCUUCAUUUGCCUAGUAGGAGCAGAACAGUAGGACGUAAAGCCCCAUUUCAUUUCCUUGUUAGUCGGGGAAGCGCAUGGUACUAUAUUACCUCAGGGAAUCAAACAGGAACAUGAAUUUUUAAAGGAAUUAUUCGGCCAUGCUUCCUACGCAGUCAAAAAUACACACCAUUUAUUGUGAACUUAAUUAUUUGCUGUAUGAUUAAUUAAUAAAGUCUAGAUUAUUUAUUUAUUUAUUUCACAUUUAUUCGUACAUUAGUGUACACUUCUUUACAAUAUUUACAAUAUAUAUAUAAAUACAUUUAGUCAAGGCAUAAGUAAGUAAUUAUUUCAUUAAGAUCUUUUUUAUGUGAGUAAAUUUCGUGCGACUCACGCAUAUUUAUCAUAUCUACAAUUUGACCAGCUCUUUUGAGAUCAGACUGAUUUACAUUGGUAUUAUCCCAUUUAUUUAUUAUGUUUAAAAGUUUAUUUCCUUUUAUAUUAUAUAAAUCGUAUCUUAAUUCCCUAGUUAUGGUAUGUCUAUCACAGAUGUCAGAAUGGUUUAUGGGGUAAUAAUGCGACAUCAGAGCUAUAGUUUCCCAUCCGUCAACACUAGCAAUUAUAUGACAUUCUCUCGUCAUUUCUGUAACUAGAGAUGAAAA